AUGCAUUUCGCCAAGUUAGCUUUGCCUUUAGUGGCAGCCAUAGCUACUCAAGCCACGGCAGAUUUGAUACCAUGGGACAGCUGGGAACAUGGGCGUGUCGCUCUCGAGGAUGUUAGCAUUCACUUCCGCUAUGCUGGCUCUGGUCCCCCGUUGCUACUUGUCCAUGGAAAUCCUCAAUUCAGUUUAACCUGGCAAUUUAUCGGCCCCAUUCUCGCACAGGACUAUACCGUCAUCGCGGCAGAUAACCGUGGCGCCGGCGACUCCAGCAUACCCCCCGAUGGCAACUAUAGCGCGACGGCUUCCGCCGCUGAUUUAAAAGGUGUCUUGGACUUCCUAAACAUCAGCUCAACAUAUGUCUUCUCCCACGACAAAGGCGCAGGAAUGGCCUUCGCCCUGACCGUCCAAUAUCCAGAUCUCGUUAAAAAACUAGGCGUUUCUGAGUACGCACUCCCAGGUUUCGGAUACGAGGAAGCCACCAAUCCCGGACCUUUCUGGGAUUUAUACCAAAACCCUCAAUUGUCUUUCUUCCAAAUACCAGAUUUUGCGGAGUUCUUGAUGAGUGGCAAGGAGAAGCAAUUUCUGGAGUGGUAUUUUUACCACCAAAGUUAUUCUGGUGUGACAUCGUUCUCCGAGGACACGGUUAAUAGGUAUGCGACUAGUAUCGCGAAACCUGGGUUUUUGAGGGCAAUGUUGGGUCCAUUCACUACGCCUGCGAUUAAUGCAGAUAGGUCGUUCUUCAAGGGGACUGUCGGUGUGAGUCCGUUAAGUACACCGACGCUCGCGCUGGGUGGAGAGGCGAGCUUUGGGUUGAUACCAAUAAUGCAACAAUUCUGGGGCUCAGUGGCAAGCAAUUUAGAGAUUGAUGUUGUCCCGAAGGCAGGACAUUGGAUUGCUGAUGAGAACCCCGUUUGGGUUGCAGAUCGUCUCCAAAAAUUCUUGGCGAAUGACUCCUCCCCUCUAGAGGCUGUCGACUUGUCAUAUCUCAAGGAUAGAGUCACGUUGAAGGUGGGCUAUUACGGGACACUGAGAAAUGCUGCUUUAGGAGGAUUGACGGUAUCGUGAUCGUAUGAAUAUCGCCGGAGGGGGGGGAGAUAUGAACCUGGAGAUUGAUUUCUAGAUGGUGGUACUGGAAAAGAGAAGGGAGAACCCCAUGAUCUGCUUGUCCCCCCCUAUUUCAUGUGAUCACGUGAUCAGCACCCCUUUUUCCUACGACUGCUACAAAUUCAUGAGCAUCCUAUUCAAACAACAACAUUAAUUUUCAACGAGAAAUAUACGAUUUAAUCGCUUAGACGUUUCGAAGUGCAUCAGGCUGUCUUAGUGUUUGGAUCUUUGAGAGUGGGUGGCUAUAGCUGAGUGAAGGGCGAGAGGUCUAGGCGAUAAUCAACCAUAGUCAUUCAUCU